CAUUCAUCCCUCUGAACUCUCCUCUCUCUCUCUCUCUCUCUACAAGCUCAUGCUCUGCCUCUACCUUUCUAAACAGAGCAUGGCGAGUCCUGCAUUCUCUUGCUUCCUCCUCCUCCUGUCCAUCUUUGCUCUUGCAGAGUCGGGCUCGAUCGGACUGAACUGGGGUCGCGUAGCCAACGACCUCCCGCCGCCGGUGAAAGUGGUGGAGCUCCUGAAAUCGCAGGGCAUCACCCGGGUCAAGCUCUACGACGCCUACGACGGCGCCCUCACGGCCCUCGCCGGUUCCGGCAUAAGCGUCGUCGUCGCCCUCCCCAACGAGCAGCUCUCCUCCGCCGCCUCGGCCCAGUCGUUCACCGACUCGUGGGUCCAGUCCAGCAUCUCCAAGUACUACCCCUCCACCAAGAUCGUCGCCAUCGCCGUCGGCAACGAGGUCUUCGCCGACCCCAACAACACCACUAAUUUCCUCGUACCCGCCAUGAACAACGUCUACGCGUCCCUCGUCAAAUACAACCUUUCCGACAUAUCCGUGUCUUCUCCCAUCGCGUUGAGCUCGCUCCAGACUUCCUACCCGACUUCCGCCGGGUCGUUCAAGCCGGAUCUUGUCGGGCCCGCGAUCAAGCCCAUGUUGGAUUUCCUUCGCAAGACCGGGUCGUACCUCAUGGUUAAUGUCUACCCGUUUUUCGCUUACACGGCCAAUUCGGAUCAGAUCUCCCUGGAUUACGCGCUGUUCAAGCAGAAUCCGGGCGUCGUGGAUUCCGGUAACGGAUUGAAGUACUCCAGCCUCUUCGACGCCCAAGUCGACGCCGUCUAUGCCGCCAUGUCGGCUCUCCAAUACAACGAUGUCAAGCUGGUCGUGACGGAGACCGGCUGGCCCUCGAAGGGCGAUGCCAACGAAGUCGGCGCGGGCGCGGAGAAUGCCGCGGCAUACAACGGGAACCUGGUGAAGCGGGUCCUGACCGGGAACGGAACGCCGCUGAGGCCGAACAACACCGUGGACGUGUACUUGUUCGCUCUCUUCAACGAGAACCAGAAACCGGGUCCCACGUCGGAGAGGAACUACGGGCUGUUCUACCCGGACGAGCAGAAGGUCUACAGCAUACCGCUCACGGUGGAGCAGCUCGCGAGCGGCGCCAUCAACGCGAGCGAGGCCCAGGUCCAGACGGCCUCCCCCGCCCCCACGGGGCAGACGUGGUGCGUGGCCAACGGGAGAGCCGGGGCGGCGAAGCUGCAGGCGGCGCUGGACUACGCCUGCGGGGAGGGCGGCGCCGACUGCCGGCCCAUCCAGCCGGGCUCCGCUUGCUACGACCCGGACACGCUGGAGGCCCACGCUUCGUAUGCGUUCAACAGCUACUACCAGAAGCAGGAUCGUGGGAUGGGGACGUGCUACUUCGGCGGCGCAGCCAACGUGGUGACACAACCGCCCAAAUACGGGGAGUGCGAAUUCCCCACAGGGUACUAGAGAGAUUAUUCCUUUUAACCAGGUCAAGAGACGACAGCGUUUGGUGGAGACUUGGCUAUGGAUUUGGUGGUGGGCUUAGCUCAUUCUCAUUCUUUUCUUUGCGACGCGGCCAGAGAUUUACUAUAGUUUUAUUUAUGGGUAUUUCAUUUCUUUUCAUAGGAGAGGAUUAGGUUUGCUUUGGUUCACCAGUUUCCAUUGACUGGCUCUGCCUGUAAUUAUUUCCCCUUCUUAUUGUAUUUUACCUUGAUAUUAUAUAUAAUAACAUUGGCGAUUGCUUGGUUA